UUUUCUUGAUAUUUUCUCGGGGUUUGGUUUGGUUUGAUUUGAUUUGAUUUGAUUUGAUUCUGUGGUUGCUGCAAAGAAAUUUGUUUUGUGGAUUCUUGAUCUGGAUGCAUUGUGUUUCUUGAAAUUAUUGAAUCUUGUUGAUGCCUUCUGUUUGUGCAAGCUAUUAUAGCUUUCGAUUUCAUCUGUAAGUCUGUAUUAUCAUUCCGUUUAUCCCCUUUUCGAGAUUAGGAAGGAAAAAAAGAAAGACAAAAAAAAGAAAAGAAAACGAAUCCUCUUUUCGAACAUGGCUCACUUGGCAUACCAGAAUUCGAUGACCGGUGGAUCACAGCACGGCGUCCAACACGUGCAUAUCAAAACCUCAACGGGCUCGCUCCGCGUCUCGUUACUGCACGGCAAUCUAGACAUAACGGUAACCGAAGCUCGAAACCUCCCGAACAUGGAUUUGUUCCACAAGAACCUGGGCGACAUGUUCGGUCGGCUUUCCGGGAAGUUCCUCAGCAAGAUGGAUGGUAACGAACCGCCCCCCAAGAUCACGAGCGACCCGUACGUCACAAUCUCGGUAUCCGAUGCCGUGAUCGGUCGAACCUUCGUAAUAAGCAACACCGAAAACCCAACGUGGGGCCAGCAUUUUUACGUACCGGUCGCUCAUUACGCCUCCGAAGUCCAUUUUGUGGUCAAAGACAGUGAUGUGGUGGGGUCACAAGUCAUGGGUGCAGUUGGAAUACCCGUCGAACAGCUUCUUUUAGGUUUACCAAUUUCGGGUACUUAUCCGAUUAUAGGUGCAAACGGGAAGCAGUGUAAUGCAGGGGCUGUUUUGACAUUAUCGAUCCAAUAUAUUCCGAUGGAUAUGGUGCCGCUCUACCAUGGCGGAGUUGGGGCGGAUCAUUCGUACCAAGGGGUGCCGGGCACUUAUUUCCCGAUAAGGAGAGGCGGGACUGUUAAGCUUUAUCAAGAUGCGCAUGCGCACGACGAGAAGCUGCCGCAGUUGUGGCUGGCCAAUGGGAGGAUGUAUCAGCAUGGACAUUGUUGGAGGGAUAUUUUCGAUGCGAUUUCUCAGGCGAGGAAAUUGAUAUAUAUUACGGGGUGGUCGGUUUAUCAUUUAGUGCAGCUUGUGAGGGAGGAUCCGAAUGUGAAGGGUAGUAGUGUUUUGGGGGAGAUUUUGAAAGUUAAGUCUCAAGAAGGUGUUCGGGUUUUGCUUUUAGUAUGGGAUGAUCCUACCUCCACCAGCAUUUUGGGGUUUAAAACCAACGGUGUAAUGGGAACAAGUGAUGAAGAAACACGCCGUUAUUUCAAGCAUUCAUCCGUUCAAGUACUGCUUUGCCCACGCACUGCUGGCAAAGGUAGCUGGGUGAAAAAGCAGGAAACGGGAACGAUCUACACGCAUCAUCAGAAAAGUGUGAUAGUAGAUGCCGAUGCAUCCAACAAUCGGAGAAAGAUCGUAGCUUUUGUAGGGGGCCUCGAUCUCUGCAAGGGCAGAUACGACACCCAAGAUCACUCCAUCUUUAGCACAUUGAAAACUAUUCACAAAGACGACUAUCACAACGCCAAUUAUAACGAAAAACAGGGGUCGACCGAUGGCUGUCCGAGAGAACCGUGGCACGAUCUACACUGCAAAAUCGACGGUCCAGCUGCAUAUGACGUGUUGACCAACUUCGAAGAGCGGUGGAAAAAGGCCUCGAAGCCACAUGGAAUUCAGAAAAUGAAAGUUUCGCACAGUGAUUCUGCUUUACUCAGUAUCGAUCGAAUCCCUGAUUUAGUGGGAUUAGCUGAGGCAUGUACCCUACAUCAAGCUGAUCCCGAAGGUUGGCAUGUCCAGGUUUUUCGUUCGAUUGACUCGAACUCGGUUAAAGGCUUUCCCAAGGAUCCAAAAGAAGCUACAAACAGGAAUCUUGUAUGUGGGAAGAAUCUACUGAUAGACAUGAGUAUACAUACUGCGUACGUGAAGGCAAUUCGUGCGGCGCAACAUUUCAUUUACAUUGAGAACCAGUAUUUUCUCGGGUCGUCCUUCAAUUGGGCUAAUCACAAGGACUUGGGUGCAAACAAUUUGAUUCCGAUGGAAAUAGCUCUGAAGAUUGCUAAUAAAAUCAGAGUGCGGGAGCGGUUUUCUGUAUACAUUGUCCUUCCAAUGUGGCCGGAGGGAGUUCCGACGAGUCUUCCCACUCAAAGAAUUCUCUUUUGGCAGUAUAAUACAAUGCAAAUGAUGUACGAAACCAUCUACAAGGCUUUAGUAGAGAUGGGGCUCGACAAAGAAUACGAACCGCAGGAUUAUCUCAAUUUCUUUUGCCUCGGUAAUCGGGAGACUGGCGGCAGUGGAAAGAUCCCCAGUGGAAACACUCCACAAGCACUGAGUCGAAAAAACCGACGGUUCAUGAUUUAUGUACACUCAAAGGGAAUGAUAGUGGACGACGAGUUUGUUUUAAUGGGGUCCGCUAACAUUAACCAACGUUCUCUAGAAGGAACCAGAGAUACUGAAAUAGCCAUGGGUGCUUAUCAGCCUCAUUACACAUGGGCUAACAAACUUGCUAAUCCACACGGCCAGGUUUACGGGUAUAGAAUGUCGCUGUGGGCGGAGCACACGGGUACGUUAGAGCACUGCUUUGAGCAACCGGAGAGUUUGGAGUGCACAAGACGUAUAAAGUGGAUGGGUGAGCAUAAUUGGAGCCAAUUUGCAGCUAACGAGAUAACUGAUAUGAAGGGGCAUUUACUAAAAUACCCUGUUGAUGUUGAUCGAACGGGGAAGGUGAAAUCUCUACCGGGAUGUGAAACAUUUCCAGAUAUGGGUGGCAAGAUUAUCGGCACUUUUACCGGCAUUCAAGAAAAUCUCACUAUUUGAUCAAACUUUAAUUAUUUCACGAACCCGAUUUUUUUUUAAUCUUCUUUUUCAUUCAUUUACCCCCGUUUUUUUUUUUUAAAUUUAAACUUGGGGUUUAUUCCAACACUACAAGAUGAUUGAUUAUAAGGUACUUUGUUUACCAUGCCUAGAUGACAGUUUGAUGAUUUUUCAUGGUUUUAAAUAUUUGUUUUUUUUAUAUAAUGAGAAAAUUGUCCCGGAAUCAAUUAUUCA